AUGUCAGAAGGGGCGGGCCCUGAAGAGCGCGCGGCUCGGAGCUACCGCGCCGCUGCCGAGGACGAGCUGCUAGCGGCAUUGAAACACGAGACAAUUGUCCGCACGAUAUCUUACAAGGAGGACACAGGUGGUCAGGACCCGCCGCGGAACUCUCCACCGUCGCUUGCCGCUGGCGCCUUCGGCAAAUACGCCAGUGCAAUUGCGGCCGAGCGGCACCUGAGCCCGGUGGCGGUAAUGGGGUCGGUGGGGGUGCCGGAUUCCCGCGAUGCGCUCCCCAGUGAGGAAGAGCUGGCACAGCGUUUGGCACAGCAGGCGGAGGCAGCGUACAGCGCUGAAAGGGCCUCUGGCGGGGGUUUGGUGGGUCGCAGCGGCAUUGCAUCCAAGCUGCAGAGCGCCGCGGACAAGUUUGCGCGCAUGGUGGCAUUGGAUAAGGCUCCCACAGAUUCAGGAGCGGCGGAUCCGCAUCCUGACUUUGCACGUCAAGUUGUGGCGGUGGAGGCGGACCGACACCAGGAAGGGACGGCGGCGGCGGAUGCGCGGUUGCAGCAGCCGCCGCGGCCGCAGUAG